AUGAUCUGGGGCUCAUUACUCCUCGCGUUGGCAGCUACUGCGGUGGCCUUGCCUCAGCCAGACAAGAAUGUGAAGUGCCCUUCGGGAGAGGAGCUCGUUCGUUUGAUCCGACAUGAGCACGAGGGACCCUCGUUUUGCCGGGAGCUGAUUCAUAGCACUUGCGCUACCGUCACCCACACAAAGAAAGUGCACCCAUGGCCGACUACCGUCAAGGUCACGCAUACCAUAACGGACUAUCCACCCAAGGUCACCACGACAUCGACGAAGCAAGUUACCUCGACGACCAUUCGUGCGGUUACCAGUACCGCAACGCAAUAUGCCACCUCCACUAUCACUGUACCUGUGACUAUCACUAGCCACACAGCGGUGACUGUUACAGAUGUCAAGACUGCCCACUUAACCAAGGUAGACUACGAAACGACCAUCCGGUCCUUUACGAGCACUGCCACGAGCACCAUCGGCCAAACCAUCACUGAUAAUGUUGCUGUCACUAUCAUCGAAGUUUUGACCGAGACCGAGACAACGACCAAGACCAACACAAUCACAGGUUACUUAACUACAUUCGUUACGGAGUAUAUCACUGAUAUCGCGACUGCGUUUGCGAGCAACACAUUCACUGAUUUAUCGACUGCUACUGUCACCAACUAUCACACGGAGACCAUCACUCUUUCUUUUACUGAUACUGCCACCGAGACAACUACUGAUGCUAUCUUCUCUACGGCUACCCAAGAGGUGGAUGUUACCGCCACCGAAGUCCAGCUGGCUACUGUUGUCCAAACGGACAUGGAAACAGCCACCAAUGUACUCCUCACCACCAUGAUUGACUACACAACCGCUACUCAGACCACUUUUGUGACGGAUGGAGUAACAGUGACCACUGAUGUCGUCGUGACCGCGCCUGCUAAGCGCGGGGAAGUUGCUCCAGAGGGACAUGCGUUCCACACGCCCCCGCCCCUACGGACAAUCCCUGAGCGGGAUUUGAUCACCGCUUGCUCUGCUUUGCAUCUUGACAAGUGCACCUCGACGGUCCUCACUACCAAGACAGACGCGCAGCCCACCGUGACUAGAACUUUGACCACCCAUUCUAAGGCGCGCGACCCCCAAACGGUGAAGGUCACGAAAACUAUCACCAACUAUGUCACUCACUUCACCACCAAUAUCGUGCGCACUCUUUUGACCAAAGCUGUGACUCGAACUUCCACGGCAAGCAUCGUUGCGACCUCAACUAUCACGGAUGCCUCUACAACUACUGCAACGGACAUCGCGACGGUUACUGUGACGGACGACUACACUACCACUGUGAUUGACGUUGUUACAGCCGUAUUCACAACUGAUCUUAUAUCUCUGAUAACUUUCGAUUUGACUGCCUACGAAACAGCCGAGAUUACCCAGGAUGUGACUGUCGAUGUGACUUCCACUGCUACAACCGACCUUAUCACGACUCAGGGCACCACCAAGACACUCGAUUUCACCAUCAGCCAGACAACCACUGCUACAGCUGAUAUCACUGCCACUGAAACUAUAUCCACAACAAAGACGGAGACCACAACAGCCACAGUCGCCAUCACCGAAGUGGCGACUAUCACCUCUACCUCCACAAUCUCUGCCACAGUCACCUUGCCAACAACCAUCCACACUGCCGCCACAGCCACUGUCGAUGCACUGAGCACGGUCAUCACAACCUCCACAGUCGACGUCACCGUCACCCAAACAGUCCUUACCACCACGACCACAACACUUACAUCAACCGCCACCCCAGCAACUCCAACUUGCGGCGUGAACCUGAUCCAAAACCCCGGCUUUUCCAGUACCACUAUAAGCCCAUGGACACUCACUACCACUGGUACCGGCAGGUAUGCGAUCGUGGCGGGCUACGAUACCUCCAACGCAGUCGACCUCUAUACCGUUAGUGCCGGAGCCAGUAGCUCCAAAAUCACGCAGACAUUCGAUACCGUUGUCGGCAAUACAUACAACUUCUCGUUUUACUACAAGGCCCUGGGAGGGAACACCGCUAGCAUCAUGAUGUGCACUUAUGGUGGAGGUGCUUUUGCUAUCAACAUAGGCUCAAUAGUGAGGAAUGUCUGGAGGGAGGCUUCGGUUAACUACGUUGCGACUUCAUCGUCUCUGACUCUGACUUGCGGUUUGACUACCCCAACCGUGAGUUCCAUUUACCUUUCCGACUUUUCUUUUAUUUUCAUGUGUUGA